AUGUCAUUCACAUUGCAAGCACAGGUGUACCAGAUCGACGCGCAAUCGUACGAUGUGCAGUACGAGGAGCCCGAAUUCGGGACGAUCGACUCGCUCGACACGCUGCUGGAGGAAUUGCCGGACAACUCGCCGCGGUUUGUGGUGCUGAGCUACUCCAAAACGCUGCCCGACGGCCGGCUUAGCAACCCGCUGGUGAUGGUGUACCACCGGCCGCUGACGGCGAAGCAGGAGGCCAAGAUGUUGUACGCGGGGUGUCUGGAGCAGUUCAAGAGCGAGGUGAGUCCGAACCGGUUCGUGGAGGUGGCGGACGAGGACGACUGGGACGAACUGCGCUCCGAGGUGGAAAACGUUCCAUCUUGGUUCAAAUUGUCUUCUGACGAUGUUGUUGAGCAGAUCGUGAAGUACGCCAGAAAGGGUCUUACCCCUUCUCAGAUUGGUGUUAUUUUGAGAGACGCUCACGGUGUUAACCAAGCCAAGGUGAUCACCGGUAACAAGAUUAUGAGAAUUCUCAAGUCCAACGGUCUUGCUCCAGAGAUCCCAGAGGACUUGUACUUCUUGAUCAAGAAGGCUGUUUCCGUUAGAAAGCACCUUGAGAGAAACAGAAAGGACAAGGACUCCAAGUUCAGACUUAUUUUGAUCGAGUCUAGAAUCCACAGAUUGGCCAGAUACUACAGAACUGUUGCUGUCUUGCCUCCAACCUGGAAAUACGAGUCUGCCACUGCUUCUGCUUUGGUCAACUAG